CCCCACACAUCCCUUCUUUUUCAUUUUUAAAAAAAUUCUCCUCUAAAAAACUAAAGGUGGGUCCCUCAGCCUGCACCCUCAUGAGCUAAAAAGCUUCCUUCCUUCCCUCCCCUUAUAAUUAAAUCUUCUUCACGCAGCAACUCAACUCACCCCAUUCUCAUUACUCCUCUUUUUUCUCUCUCUCUCUCUCCUCUCUUUCUCUCUCUAUAAACUUUAUUAACGCACAACAUUCAAGGUGACACAAACAAUACUACUUCUUCUUCUUCUUCUUCAAUGGCUGAUACUAUGGACUCUGAAAACGCUGCGUUUUGGCUCCCUACUCAUUUCCUCACCGACGACGACUUCCUCACUGACCUUACUUCCCAUAAAAACAACAACUCGUUCUCCCUUGACUCACCAGUGAGUUCAACUGAAACUGAACUAGGUGAUAAUAAUAACAACGUUAACAACGAUGAUGACGAUGAUUUCUUAGCUGAGUUAACUCGUCAACUCGCUCACUCUACUCUCCAGGACUCCCCCAACUCCUCCGAGAAACCAUGGGUGUUUUCGACAUCUCCACAAUCGACGUUAUCCGGGUUCGGGCCAUGGAGUACUCGUAGCGGGUUUUCAAGUAACGGAAGCCCAAACGGGCCGUCUUCUCGGGUACCAUCACCACCUAUAACACCACCACCCAAAAACGACGCCGCUUGGGAGCUUUUAUAUGAAGCUGCUGGUCAAGUUGCUAGGCUUAAAAUCAACGCUCUUGCUGCUCAAGCUCAAGCUCAAGCUCAAGCUCAAGCUCAAGUCAACCAACAAAACAGAGGACUUCUCGUUUCUCCACGAAACGUUUCUCUUCCUUCGAAACCUCAUCAACAUAAUCACCACCACCGCCACGUCAGCUCCUUCUACGACUUUCCUCCGGAAUUUCAGGUGGAGCAGCAAGUGAAGAGGCAAGGAAAUGGGAACUACUACUGCCAACACCAACACCACCAUAACAACAACCAGCAACAACCACAACAAAGGAGGAGUUGUGGUGGUGGGCCUCUUGGGCUUCCACAGUCUGCAUGGCCUUCUUUAAGGCCCAAUCAACACCGUCAACCUACUAAUGGGCCGGGUAUGCGGGCUGUUUUUCUUAACGGGCCUGGGUCUGGGUCCAUGCCAAAGAGACAAUCUACUGGUACUGGAGUUUUUCUUCCUAGGAGAGCUGGUACAACUCAUCAACCACCACCUCCUGAACCUCGCAAAAAACCAACUGUGCUACUUCCAGCAAGAGUAGUUCAAGCGUUGAAUCUAGAUAUAGAAGAAAUGAACAAUGGAAACUCUCAAACAAGAUUUGGGUCUGGAUUAUUUUCUGAACGUGAUAUGUUAAUGGCAAGAAGAAAUGCAAUUCUUGAACAACGAAGGAAAAAUUUAACAAGAAAUGAAGCAACGGCUACAAUGGUGGGACAUGAUAUUCGUCUUCCAAGUGACUGGACUUACUGACUGUAUUUUUUUUUCUGGGGUUUGUUUUGCAGUCUCAUUUUCUCUCUCCUAGGGUUCUUAAUUGGAGGAGAGAGAAAAAAGAGAAGAAAUUUGGGGUAGAUCUUUAUUAGGGUAUAGUAACUAGUAGUAUAUGGUUUUUUUUUUCUUUAGAAUUUUUAAUUGGUAGGAAUGAGAGAAAAAAAAAAGGAAAAAUUGAAAAAAAAAAGUAGUGGGAAAUUGGGAAAAAGGAAUAAUAAGAAAUUCAAGUUUUCUUCUUUUUAUUUUUUGGGUCUUUUUUUUCUAUUUUUAUUGAAAGAAGGAAUGCAGCUUUUGGUGGCACAACACAAGGUAUGCUUUUGAAAGGGAGACUUCAAAAGAAAGGGUUAGAAGAAAUACAAGUAGUUUUUAGGCAGGAAAUGUAAGUUUUUUAAAUUUCCAUGCAUAAGUUGAUUGUAAUAAAAGUUGGACUUGGGGGUAUUUUAGUAACUUUAGUAGUAGUAUAGUAAUUAGUAGUACUGCUAUGAAAUUAAUAGUAGUAUUAGGUGUUAUAAGUGUUGUAGGGUUUAGCUUGCUUAAUCAAGGGAAAGGUGGAUUUUGUUAAUUUUACCCCCUUUUCAUUAGUGAUAUAAUGUGAUUUGGGGUGAUGGAAGGAAAUUUUAGUAUUGGUUUUUUUUUGUAAGGGAAAGACAAAAAUGCCCUUAGUUAGUUUGAUGUAAUAUCCCCAAGGUGGGGUUUAUAAUUGAAUAAUGAAUUAUAAUAGUUGCCUUC